CACCUCGCGGUCGGUCACGAUCGAGGGGCAAGGCUCCAGUCCCGUACUCCCCAUACUGCAUGCAGGGACAGUGAUGACUAGUCUGGCAUGAAUUCCCCCUCGCUCGCUUUCUCUGGAGUUAAAAAGCUGGGCAUUUUACUCCUGUUUAACCGGUUGCGCUACCAUUCAUCCACCACGGUGACAGAUCGACGUGACUAGAACUACACAGGGCGAGGGAAACGGAGGGUUUGCCGACAGGAUGCACGCGCUGUCCGUGGUACUGAAUCCGCUGCUGUUUCUACUGCUGUUCGGCUACUGCCCUUCUGUGACUGUCAGGCCGAAGGAGGGUUGGCAGGUGUAUAGUUCAGCCCAGGAUCCAGACGGCAGGUGCAUCUGUACAGUGGUGGCUCCUGAACAGAACCUCUGCUCCAGAGAUGCCAAAGGAAGGCAUCUCCGUCAACUGCUGGAGAAGGUCCAGAACAUGUCCCAGUCCAUCGAGGUUCUGAAUCUGCGGACCCAGAGAGACUUCCAGUACAUCAUGAGGAUGGAGGGUCAGUUUAAAGGGCUAAGGUCAAAAUUCAGACAGAUUGAGGCCGACAGGAGGACACAGGUGAACAGAAACAUUCAGGUCCAGGAGUUGAAUGGUAAUAUGGAUGGAAUAGUGUUUUCCUCACUACAGGAGUUGAAUGGUAAUAUGGAUGGAAUAGUGUUUUCCUCACUACAGGAGUUGAAUGGUAAUAUGGAUGGAAUAGUGUUUUCCUCACUACAGGAGUUGAAUGGUAAUAUGGAUGGAAUAGUGUUUUCCUCACUACAGGAGUUGAAGGGUAAAAUGGAGGCCCUGCAGCCUCUGAUCCCGGUGUUGGAACAGUACAAGACCGACUCCCAACUCAUAUCCCAGUUCAAAGACGAGAUCAGAAACCUGUCCUUGGUGCUCCUGGCCAUCCAGGAGGAGAUAGGAGCCUACGACUACGAGGAGCUUCAGCAGAGGGUCCUACACCUGGAGAGCAGGCUACGUAACUGCAUGAGCAAACUCACAUGUGGUAAACUGAUGAAGAUAUCUGGCCCUGUGACAGUAAAGACCUCUGGGACGAGGUUUGGGGCGUGGAUGACAGAUCCUCAGGCCUCUCCUACCAACAACAGAGUCUGGUGCAUGGACAGCUACACCAACAACAAAAUAGUCAAAGAGUACAAAUCCAUAGCUGAUUUUGUGUCUGGGGCCGAGUCUCGAGCAUACAACCUGCCGUUUAAGUGGGCCGGCACCAACCACGUGGUGUACAACGGCUCGCUGUACUACAACAAGAUCCAGAGCAACAUCGUGGUGCGCUACAGCUUCGACACGGGCCGCGUAGUGACCCAGCGGGCCCUGGAGAACGCCGGCUUCCACAAUGUCUACCCAUACACCUGGGGUGGCUUCUCUGACAUCGAUCUGAUGGCCGACGAGCUGGGCCUGUGGGCCAUCUACGCCACCAAUCAGAACGCCGGAAACAUCGUCAUCAGCCAGCUCAACCCGGAGACGCUGCAAAUCAUCGCAACCUGGAACACGGAAUAUUCCAAACGGAAUGCGGGGGAGUCCUUUAUGAUCUGCGGAACUCUAUACAUCACCAACUCUCACCUGACUGGAGCAAAGGUCUACUACUCGUACUCCACCAAGACGUCCAGCUAUGAAUAUACAGACAUCCCCUUCCAUAACCAGUACUUCCACAUGUCCAUGCUGGAUUAUAAUGCCAGGGAUCGGGCCCUCUAUGGCUGGAACAAUGGACACCAGGUUCUGUUCAAUGUCACAUUGUUUCACAUCAUCAAGACCGAGGACGACUCCUGAGUGGGAGGAACUCAGAGGAACCCAUUAGAAACCGUGAUUAACAUUCCUGAGAACCCGGUGUUUCUCAGCAACAGUACAUUGUACAAAUUCAAAGAGAAAUGUCUUGAUUUGGACUGGGGAUGCUGUCUGUCCUAAUCUCCCAUUCCAAGCCUUCAAACACACUCUGUCCAGUAAGGGGUUGGUUGUCACAAUAUUUGCACCGAUUCUAAUCAAUAAUUGAACCAAUUUACACAUUUUAUUGACCAAUAUAAAUAUAUUCAACAUAGAAUUUCCUUUUAAGAAUGUGGGCCUUUACUCUUUUUGUCCGGUUAUGGAGGCGUAGGAUGUGUGGUCGUCUGGUGUGGGUUUUAGUCUCUCCCUCAUAGAAAUACCAUAGUGCAUUAUUGCAACCUGAUGUUGGUGAAUCAGUCAGAGCAGUAUGACUCACAGUUUUAACAAAAGGUCCAGACCAGAUGGUUAUCAGGUGGUGACCCAAACAUCAGUAUUUACAAACAAAUCCAAAUACUAAUGAAAAUGAUAGCUACCUAAUGGCUUGCCCUAAAAACUCAGAAAUAGUCUUCAAAUAAAGCUCUCUCUUUCCUCUUUCAAUAACAGUGAUCACUUAUAGAUGAUCCCAUCACAAAACAUUUUAUUUAAGAAAUAUCAAGACACUAUAAUUACUUUCACCUAUGAAAAAUACAAAAAUCCCUCUUAACUUCUGGCCUAAUCUGAACCUGAUGUGAUCAAAUAAAUUAGCCUCUUCCAUAGAAGAAGCACUUUUCUAUCUUGAAAUGGUCAAACUAACUGCCCUGAAAUGGUCAAACAAACUGCCCUGAAAUGGUCAAACAAACUGCCCUGAAAUGGUUGCACAACCAACACCUAUGACACCAUUAUAGUAGAAUGUAAUUGUUUAUUUUUUUGCUCUCUUCUUUUGACAGUCUGUCGUUGGUUCUAGCUUUCUUUUCAUAUUCCUAAAGCGAGGCUUUACAUAAAUAGUGGCCUGGAUGAUGAUGUCCUCAAAAGUCGUGUCCUCGUGACAAAGCUCAGAAUUUGAGCUCUAGGCCUGCAUAGCAACCCCUUUUCUCAAUGUAUGCUCCUCGGACUGUGAAACAGUGCCCCGAGAGUCUCACUUCAGCUCCGGUCAUUUAUUUUGCUUUCUUUUUACACAUUUUAAUUUGUAAUUCAUUCCCUGCCUUUCAACUGCUCCACACUCUUUUUGAAACCAUGACAGAUUGGAUGUGCACGGGGAGAUUUGCCUCUGCAAGGCACAUUUAUUUCUCACCUCUCAGCUACUGCGGAGCCAAUCGGUGGGCUUUUGGUAAAUACUCCUAUGUACAGCAACUAAGCUUUUGUAUCCAUAGCAACGGUAUUAAAUGUGAGUAUGUAUUAUUCAGUAGUCGGUUCUGUGAGCCCAGAAGAUAACAGCUGCCCUGCAUGAUCGGCUAGCUAUCCUGAACACUUUAGGCCUGCGUUCCAAAUGCCCCCCUAGGGCCCCAGAGCUCUGGGCAGUGAGAGAGGGGAUAGGGCGGUAGUUAGGCAGUAGGCUGUGGCUUUCCUCAUAGUCUCUGUAACUCUUUACACUCUCUGAGCAGUUUGUUAGGAACACCAUUCCAUUCACAAAAAUCAAUGGCGCUUGCAGACGGUGAGUCCAGUGACUUGCUAUGUAAAGCAGGCAGACGGUGAGUCCAGUGACUUGAUAUGUAAAGCAGGCAGACAGGGGAGUCCAGUGACUUGCUAUGUAAAGCAGGCAGACGGUGAGUCCAGUGGCUUGCUAUGCAAAACAGGCAGACGGUGAGUCCCGUGGCAGACGGGCAUCAAGACCUUCUGUUACUGUUUGGUUGAGCAGUGGAAAUGGCAACAUGAGUGACAUAAGUGUUUUUCAGCCUGGUGCUGUAUGAUCGGCCGUGCAAGGCACGCCAGUUCCAGUAGCUCAGAAAUGUCCGUCCUCCCGGGCUUUUCACCAUCGACAGUGUGUGGGGGUUUAAAGAGAAUGACGCAACACACUCAAAACUUUGAGUCAGCCGCAGUCCUGUGGGAGAAAGCAGCUUGACGAUGAGAGGUGGAGGAGAAUGGCAAGAAUCAUACCAGCUAACAGGGCCACAGAUAGAAAAGUUAUGGUGAGGCACCAGAGUGGGGUACAGAACGGAAUUUCUGGAUGCACAACACAGAAGUCCUUGUCAGGGGGCUGGGCUCUUGCUGAAGACGACCAGUAUGGUACUGCUAAAGACGAUCUCACCAAUCACAGUUCUGGUUCUCUUGACUGUCCUUCACAGACUUCAGACCUCAAACCAAUAGAGCAUCUUUGGGAUGGGAUGGAAUUGAACGGGCAAGAGAAUAAUCUAGGCUUGUGCAGUAGGUCAGAAGGCUUCUCUGUGAGGGAAAUCAGGUGUGAUGAAGCCUGGGAUAUUAGUUGUUAAAGCAUAAUCAAAACGGGUUGAUGUGUGCCAAUGUCUGUAGCACACGCAGAAAAACUGAACUACGUUUUUCCUCAAGAUUUGGUUAAAGUGUUCUGCAAUAUUGCCAAGUAGAAUACAGAAGAAAAAAAGUUCUGCAGUACAUAGUCUAAAAAAUAAACUGACUUAAUCUAGACCUACAACUAUGGAAUCAGAAUGAACUGAUAGUUCGGUAAGUUCAGCUAUGCAAGACUCGGCCCUGGUCAGAAGUUGGGUUUCUGGUUGAAAGUAGUGCAGUUAAUAGGGAAUAGGAUAGAAGUGGGGUCAUAGGAUGCCACCCCUCAGGGAAUUGGGUGCCUGAAGCUUCUGGCUAGCCUGAUAGCUUCUCCAUCUGUGGACUCUUAUGGCAACCAUCCACCAUCCAUCCAUCCAUCCAAUUCAUUAUAACUGUCAAAGUAUGCUGUAUGUGAAUGAAGAGGACAAUACUGUAUAAACAUUGGCAUUGAUGAGAAAACUUACAUUGUGGAAAUAAAGAUUAUUAUCUUG